ACCUUUCAACAGUGAUUGCUGCUUAUUGGUUUUUGCAUCUAGUAAUGAUGGAAAACUACACUUUCAACAGCUAUAUGCUGCAGAUUGAAGGGUUAAAUGUGGAAGAGGCGUCCAGGUACCCUGUAUUCUUCGUGUUGGUGUCCGUCUAUCUGUUCAUUAUGAUGGCUAACAUUGGGAUUGUGGCUCUGAUUAUCCUUGAUAAAAGCCUCCAUCAGCCCAUGUAUUUGCUGUUUUGCAACCUGCCUUUUAAUGAUAUUCUGGGAAACUCUGUCAUGUUGCCUCGUGUGUUGAUGGACAUUCUCCAGCCGCCGGCUGAGCGCCUCAUCGGUUACUAUGAGUGUGUUGUUCAGGCUUUCUGUUCCCACAUGUUCGGCACCACGUCCCACACGGUGCUGAUGAUCAUGGCCUUCGACAGAUAUGUCGCCAUCUGUAAUCCUCUGCGUUACUCUGUGAUAAUGACCAACAGGAUGAUGGUGAAGCUGACCGUCUCUGCCUGGGGGUCGGCCUUGGUUCUGGUGGGGAUUCUGCUGGGCCUGACCAUCCGACUGAGCCGAUGUAGGACUUUCAUUGCUAAUACUUACUGUGACAACGCCUCACUGUUCAAGCUGUCCUGUGAGAGCGUGGUGAUCAAUAACAUCUACGGCCUGACCUUCACCGUGGUUCUCUUGACCUCCUCCAUCGGCAGCAUCAUUGUCACCUACACCAGGAUCACUGUUGUCUGUCUGACCAGUAACAGCAAGUCUCUGAACCGUAAAGCCUUGAAGACCUGCAGCACACACCUCUUUGUCUACAUGAUUAUGUUUGUUUUUGGGAAAAUGAACAUUGUGUUGCAUCGUUUCCCUGAAUACUCAGAGUACAGAAAAGUGUGUGUUAUUCUGUUUCAUAUCAUCCCCGGCAGCCUGAACCCCAUCAUCUACGGCGUUCAGUCCAAAGAGAUGAAGCGGUUUCUGUCCAAGCUGUUCCACUCCAGAAAGGUUCUGUCGUCAUAAUAAUAAUGAGUAAAAUUAGCUUUAAACUCUGAAAGCUGAGCGCGACUCGUUAGGUUUAAAACAUCUGACAAUGAAAUGCUUGUAUGUAAAAAAAGAAAAAGAAGGAGAGAGAUGGAGAAAUCCCCAUUAGUUGGGAGUUUCAGAAAAUGUUGGCUCUGACAUUUCUGGAGGGGUUUAGUUUAUCGAAUAUAGAAAUGUACAUAGAAUUGUAAAAACAACUUUAUUGACCAUCAAGGAAAAAUCAUGUAUGCUUGAAAGUAAGGAAAUAUUCUGAGUAUAUUAUGAGUAUUUUUUAGCCAAAACAUGUUUACAAUGUCCUUAGACUACAAUACGGUUAUAUUUAUACACUAUAUUAAAGUCAAAGUUUAAAAUAUGUUAAAAUUGAGUUUAGAACAAGUUCAGAUUUUAGUCUUAAAUUUGUCAAAGAAAUGUAAACUGUAGUGGACCCAGACAUACAAUUGACCAUGUUUAGGUUGCAAAGCCCUUCCUGUUCGUCUACUGAGGGACAUACAGUAGAUGAUACUGUACAGUAAACGUUUAUCAGAGGCCAUGUAUGUUGGACAUAGCUCAAUGUUAUGACUCAUAUUUGUGUCACUUUCUUUCACAAAUAAAAACA